UCUCAGAAUGUUUCAUAAUGGUUCUAUUUGGAGCAUCAAUUCGAAGCCCGAGGCGCGCAGGCCCGUAGGAUUCCGUUGCUGUUGAUUUAUCCGAGUGACCUCACGCGGGUAAUGUACCGGUAACAACUUGCUUUAAAUCAGUUACGUCACAUCUGACGGACAAGCACUUGGGCUGUUAUAGCCCGUCUGUCAGCGCGCGCUGUCAGUGGUGCUGAAUCGUCGGAGUCUCUGGAACUCUACAACGCUCUGUCUCCAGACUCUGCGUUACUGGACUUACUUAUCUACUCUUAAAUGGCCGUUACAGAGAAGCAACGCCGAAUGUCAUAUUCCAAAAUGAGAGGACUUGUGUCAUUUUUCACUGAUCCCCCGCCUUAAUUUCAGCUGUGAUCAAAAGCAAGAAAGCGGGCUUUAGCGGCUUCGUACACAAGCUAAUGUCCAAUCAUCAACUCUGCCAACACCUGGACACCCAGCGGAUUCUUCUUCGGGAGGGCAGCGGGAGAGAGGAGAUUGAGGGGAGAGAAGGGGGGGCGGCACUGCAUCUCCAGGGCUCACUAGACUGUGAUGACGCUCAGGUGAAGCCCUCAGAUUUUGACUACCUAAAAGUCAUUGGCAAAGGAAGCUUUGGAAAAGUUCUGCUAGCGAGACACAGAAACAGCAAAGAUUACUAUGCAGUAAAAGUUCUUCAGAAACAGGCAAUUCUCAGGAAGAGAGAGCAGAGGCAUGUGAUGGUGGAGAGGAGUGUUCUCCUGAAGGGUCUCCAGCACCCUUUCCUGGUGGGUCUCCACUUCUCCUUCCAGACCUCAAACACCCUCUACUUUGUCCUGGACUUUGUCAAUGGAGGAGAGCUGUUCUACCAUCUCCAGAGAGAAGGGGCCUUCACAGAAGCCAGAGCAACUUUCUACUCUGCAGAAAUGGCUUCUGCCCUGGGCUACCUGCACUCCCUUAACAUAGUCUACAGAGACCUGAAGCCAGAGAACAUCCUGUUGGACGCUGCAGGUCAUGUGGUCCUGACUGAUUUUGGGCUGUGCAAGGAGGGCGUGGCUAUGGGCGGGACUAUGCAGACCUUCUGUGGCACCCCAGAGUACCUGGCCCCAGAGGUGCUGCUGGGCCACGCCUACAGCAGGGCGGUGGACUGGUGGGGGCUGGGCUGUGUGCUGUACGAGAUGCUCUACGGCUUGCCCCCAUUCUACAGCCACAGUAAGGCUGUGAUGUUUAGAAACAUCCUUCAUGCACCCCUACGGCUCAAAAGUGGCGUGUCCCAGUCUGCCCAUUCCCUGUUACAGGGACUACUGGAAAGGGACUGCACCAAACGCCUGGGGGGGAGCAAUGAUCUAGAAGAGCUGCAGAGCCAGCCUUUCUUCAAGUCCAUCAACUGGAAAGACCUCGUGGCCAGGAAGAUCAGACCCCCUUUCAUCCCUAAAGUGACGGGUCCAUGUGAUGUGCAGUACUUUGACCGCCAGUUCACAGUCAUGCCUGUCCCAGCGUCCCUGGGCCUCGUUGACAGGUGCCAGAAGGGCGUCACUAACGAGGCCUUCUCAGGGUUCUCCUACACGCCCCAUCCAGAGUUCAAGGCCUCUGACUCCCAUAACGUCCCAUAACUCUGCUGGCACCUCUCCACCAAGACUGCUAGAGUCUGGAAGAACAGAGCCGCACGGGGCCCUUGGAGGCAGGGGGUCCUUUGGUCUGUCCAACGUGUGACCGAGCACCAGGCUGACUGAUGGACAGGGACAGGACAGUGCUCCCCACUCCAGAGCCCAGAGUGGAGCAGGGGACACAUGGUCACCCCACCCAGGGCUGGCUGGGACCACACACACGACAAACCUCAUUCAGGUGUGCUGGGAUUCCUGGAUUUCCAUUGUGUUAGAUGAACACAAUGGCGAUGAUCAAUUGUACUGUAUGUGUAUCUGUUCUCACCAGUGUAAUAUCUGGUUUGACUUCAAUUUCAUUUGGGAUCAAUGAAGUCAGAUGUAUUGAAUAAAAGGGUCUUUUGAUACACAGUGUAAUGUGUUCAAUGAGGCCAGACUGACACUUGGGGGGGUGUGAGAAUGUUGGUA